AUGCCGACCUCAAACCACCAGCGCCAGCAACGACGUGCCGCGGCUCGCCGCGCCGCUGUUGCGACCGACGACGUGCCCGACGCCGUCCCGCGGCCGAAAGGAAGAGGCCCGCGCAACCACUUCUGGGACCCGCGGCCGCCGGGCGUGCGGCGGCACAACGAGUCGAACGAACCGAACCAGCGCAGAGCGGCGCGUCUCGCGAGCGCCCGCGGCCGCCACGCCGACGCCGUCCGCGGCCGACGGUGGUCGCGAAUCAACGCGGCGCGGUGCAACGAGGCCAAGUCCUUCCAGGCUCCCGCCAGCAGCGCCUCGUGGCGCGUCCGGGACGGCCGGGUAUCGGCUCCGUACUUUGAGCCCUCUUGGGCCACCCUCGCGUCCACCGGCCGGCAGAGCACCGCUUGGGCGACUCAGACGGCCCGCCCGACCAGCGCGUUCGAUCGGGCGCAAGGCGGCACGGCACGUUCAGCGCUUGCCUCAGCCCACCUCGCCUUCACGCCCGCCACCGCGACCAAGGAGGUGGCCUCGGCGGCCCAGAUGAAGCCCGUGCGGCUCGUUUGGGAGCCGCAUGCCGUCCCUCUCUCGCCGGCGCUGCUCACCACGCCCAAGCCUACGCCGAGGAACCCGUCGCGCCCGUCGCUCACGAGCUGGUGGCUCGCAUCGACCGAGCCGUCCAGCUUUCUCACGCCCUGCCCACGAUCAAAUUCGAGACGACCAACAUCCGACCACAAAAAAGGCCCGCGCGUGCUGCGCGGGCCGGCGAGCGACUAG